AUGGAAUCUACAAAUCGUAUAUCUGCAAUGCACUUCUUGAUUGUGGUCCAGCGCUGGAUAGGACUACUAAAGUGGCCAAACGAGAGAGAGUCCGGAAGUAUUAUGUACUGGCUAAAGCGGAUUUAUCCAUUUUUUCUGCACUUACCACUCACCCUUACCUACAUUGCUUUGAUGUGGCUCGAAGCCAUUACAUCGUCGGACUUCGAGGAGGCUGGCCAGGUUCUGUACAUGUCGCUGACCGAAUUGGCUCUGGUUACGAAGCUCAUUAAUAUUUGGUAUCGCCGGGAGCAGGCCGACAAGUUCAUUAGGGAUCUGGAGCAUGAUCCGGCUUAUGAAUUACGGAAUUCCCACGAAAUCAGAUUCUGGCAAGAGCGUCAGAAAGGCUUUAAGCGCAUAUUUUACUGGUACAUUGGCGGUAGCCUCUUUGUGGCGCUAAUGGGGUAUGUCAGUGUUUUUUUCCAGGAAGAGUACGAGCUUCCUUUCGCAUACUUUGUGCCCUUUGAGUGGCGCACUAGAGAGCGUUACUUUUACGCCUGGAGCUAUAAUGUGGUGGCCAUGACGCUCUGCUGCUUGUCCAACAUACUGCUUGACACACUCGGCUGCUAUUUUAUGUUCCAGAUCGCCCUGACCUUCCAGUUGAUGAGCCGGCGAUUUCAAUCCCUGAAAGAUGUGCCUGAAGAGAAGGCCAAGCCGGAGUUACGAAGGCUUUUCCAGCUCCACGCAAAGGUUCGGACGUUGACCAGGGAAUGCGAAUUGCUCGUGUCACCCUAUGUCCUGUCCCAGGUGGUUUUUAGCGCCUUCAUAAUUUGCUUCAGUGCCUAUCGACUGGUGCAUAUGGGCUUCAGUCAGCGUCCUGGGCUCUUUGUCACAACUGUGCAGUUCGUGGCCGUGAUGAUUGUCCAAAUCUACCUUCCCUGCUACUACGGCAAUGAAAUAACUAUCCAUGCCAAUGCUCUUACAGAUAGCGUUUUUGGCACCAACUGGCUGGAAUAUUCGGUGGGCACUCGAAAACUACUUAACUGCUAUAUGGAAUUUUUAAAGAAGCCGGUAAAAGUUCGGGCAGGAGUCUUCUUUGAAAUAGGAUUGCCAAUAUUUGUAAAAACCAUCAACAAUGCCUACAGUUUCUUCGCCCUGCUUCUGAAGGUCUCCAAGUGA